GCUGGGAAUCAGUUAUUGGCCAGUUUAGCUGGACAUCAGGGGCUGGUACAUCAGGCUGCGCAGCAGACAGAGGCACAUCGGGCUGGGCAGCAGGCGGAGCAGCAGGCACCGGGCCAUCAGGCGGAGCAGCGGGCACCGGGCCAUCAGGCGGAGCAGCGGGCCAUCAGGCGGAGCAGUCAAGGUAGCGGGCACCGGGCCAUAAGGCGGAGCAGCGGGCACCGCGCCAUCAGGCAAGGCAGCAGGCACCGGGCCAUCAGGCGGAGCAGCAGACACCGGGCCAUCAGGCGGAGCAGCGGGCAAGGCAGCGGGCCAUCAGGCGGAGCAGCGGGUACCGGGUCAUCUGGCACGACAGCGGGCACCGAGUCAUCUGGCAGAACCGCGGGCACUGGGUCACCAAGCUCAACAGCGAGCACCGAGUCAUCUGGCACGACAGCGGGCACGAGUCAUCUGGCACGACAGCGGGCACUGAGU